UUACGUAAAUAUUAUGUAAUUAUAAUCGAACAGUAUAUCGGUAAAUUUAUUAAAUAUCAAAAUACACUUUUCUUUCGUCUCUUUCGAUAAUAGGUAUUACAUAUCCCGCCAAAAAAUUAGCAUAAGAGCAUUUAUGAACGGUUACGACCGUUAGAGACACAGAGCCGCGGAAUAUAUAUGUACAUACACACACACACACACAUAUUAUAUAUAUAUAUAUAUAUGCAUGUGGGUAUAAAGAAGGAAAGAUAAAUAAUAAAUAAGUUUUGUCAUCGCGUUUGACAUUUAUAUUUUUUUUCAUCGACAAUUGUAAUCAUUCGUUGAAUUAAUGAAUUAAUUAAUUAAGCUGACUUAUCGGCAGAUAAAACGUUGGACAAAUUGGAAAGUGAUAUUAUUAUUGGAAAAUGGCAAAUUUAUAUUUGUGGAUUUUUAUGUUGACGUUAAUAUUAAAUCAAGCAAAUUCCGUAAGACUAUUUAACUGGUUAUGGGGUACAUAUACCGAUGAUACAAACGUUUUGGUUGCCGAUGGUGUACCUUUGAUAUCAAUACCGUAUGAAGCUAUGACGGAAGAUGAAAAGUUUCUACAAGAAGCUGCAAAGUUUACAGAUAUUCAAGUUUCAUCCCCUUUAGAAACGUGUCAGCAUAAAGUAAUUAUGAAAAUAAGAACUUCCUGCUACGAUAUGACCGAAGAGCAGCUUGCCAAAUUGAGCGUCAAUUUAUUGAAUUGUCAAUCAGCAGUAGAAGGAAGAAAAAUGUUUCCCUGUACAGAAGAGAUGUCCCUUAAACAAUGCACCACGGAUAUGGAUGCGGAUAUGUGGAAUGCAUAUCAUUUGAUGAGUAAUAGGGCUCGAGCAGUUUGUUAUGCGGCCCGAAGUACACAAUUUCGUGCUCUAACCGAAUUAACGGUCAAUAAAUUGAUGCAAACUGCACAUUCGCAAAUUAAAACGUUAAUAUCCUUGAAGGAAAGUCAGGAUCAUUUGAUGGAUCGGACAAGCGAGGCGUUAUCCUCGUUGUCGGACAGCAAUAAGGCAUUAUUAUUACAACAACAAAAUCUAAAGGAUGCUCAAACGAGUGCUCACAAAUUGGUAACUACUAAUCUUAGAAAUUUAAAUAACGAAAAGGCAUUGAUCCGCCUAGGUCACUCUCAGCUUGCGACCAUGGUCGAAGACGUGAAAGGGAAAUUAGAGAAGGCAACCGAAGAACUUGUUAAACAAUCUACAGUACGUGGAGAAAGUCAUAAGGAAAUAUUAGAUGACUUAACAAAUAUACAAAAUCAAGUAGAAUUAAUUUGGGAAAAGGUAGAAUCUAGUACUAGCCUUAUACUUGAUCAGCAUCAGGAAGCUGCCAAUCAGUAUGAACAAAUGAUGGAAAAGUUGACACGUAUUAAUGAUACUAUUCAGUUUAUCUCCAAUGUGACCAAUAAAAUCCGUACAGAAAUAGAACAGAACAUUCAUCAACUCGAUUGGAUUACAGAUUACAUCGGGGAUACUGGGGAACAAUUACAAAAAGUUUAUCGCACAGUUUUGCAUAUUUUAUAUCUAUUAAUUGCCAUGAUAACUGCUGCAUUUCUGAAUGCACCGUUUUGGACCAGAGCGGCUAUAAUGGGCAUUGUACCUUUAAAUCUUUGUUCUUAUCUGAAACAUGGCUUGGACGCUUGCCUUGAUUUCCCUUCUAUCACAGCAUUAAUAUUUUUGAUAACAAUGAUGCAUUUUUUAAUGAAUGGCAUACAAUAUAUUUGUAGAUCCAAAUUUCAAAAUCCUGAAUCAGUAAGAUCGAUUAAUGGGUUAUCCAAUGGUAAUGCUCGUAUCUAUGCAUCACCUUCUGAUUCCAAUUCCAUUCAAACAGCAUUCACCUGCUCCGUAAUAACAAAGACAGUUUGGAAUUUUUCCAUUACUAUACUUAAUAAAAUAAAUAGUUUAAAAGAAAAAACCAUAAAUUUGAUUCAAUCGGUAGCUUUGUGGAGUCGACAAAAUAUGUCUGUACAAGAGCAGCUUUCUUGUUCGUAUAUACCGGCAAAAAAGUCGCACGAUGAUGUCUAUAACUACGAUUAUCCUGACAUGUCUGACGAUAUUUCACCGGAAGAUAUACCUAACAAAUUUGACAAUAGCUAUAAUAUUACUGAUGAUGUAAAUAAUUUCAUGAAUAGAAACGAUCUCAGAUAUCGCUUAAAAGGAGUAAGGGAGUUUGUUGCUACGACUGAAGACAAAAAUUCAUCUCUAAGCUCAUCCAGGAGCGGUAGCCCAGUACCACGUAUGUUAUGUAAUGGAUUAACGCGAGGCGGGAAGAGAUGCCGUUUGUUUGCAACCGUCGGUCGUGAGUUCUGUUCUCGUCAUUCUACUGGCACAUCCAUUAUAAGCGACUAAUAUAUUUUAAUAAAAAUAAUACUUUUAUAUA